ACUCAAUACGCGCGACCGACGACUUUCCAGAGAGAGAGAGGAAUGAAUUCCAUCGAAGUUCAUUCAAAACCACGUGGCCAAUCGCACCUAUAACCGCGUCUUCCACGUCACUCUAUCAGCAACUUCGAUGAAUCUACUUCCCGACCGCCCACUGUCCGACUUCUCUCACCAUCAGUUUACUCGGCAGCGGCAGUUUGGUGAUUGCGAGGAUGAUGCUCUGUUGGCAGUUCAAAGUGGGGAGCCCAAACGAAGACUUACACUUGCAAGUGUUGUUAGAGAUGUGAUGAACGGACUUUCAGCGCCUGAAUUCGUGUUGAAGUUUGAACCCCUGCUGCGAAGAGUGGUCAGUGAGGAAGUGGAACGUGUAUUAAGACUUUUUUGUGGCUCCUCCCCCAUACCAUCACUGCAUCAAUUGAAAUCAUCUGAAGCAAGGGUUUGGCAAUUGCAAUUUGUUGAUAAGUUGCCCUCUACCCUUUUUACUGGGAGCAGGAUAGAGUCUAAUGCUAGUGGUCCUGUUAAGAUAGCUUUGGUUGACUCUGUUUCCAAGGAAAUUAUAUCAGCAGGUCCCCUAUCUUCAAUUAAGGUUGAAAUUGUUGCCCUUGAUGGGGAUUUUGGCACUAAUGAUUUAGAGGAUUGGACUGAGGAGGAGUUCAAAGCACAAAUUGUGCAUGCAAGGGAAGGGAAAAGGCCAUUAGUGACUGGGGAAUUGAUAACUACCUUAAGAGAUGGAGUGGGUUAUGUUGGCGACGUGAGCUUUACUGAUAAUUCGAGCUGGAUAAGAAGCCGGAGGUUUAGAUUAGGAGCAAUAACUGUCCAAGGCAGUUCCACUGACGUAAGAAUUAGAGAAGCAAGAAGUGAUGCGUUUGUAGUAAAAGAUCAUCGUGGAGAGUCGUAUAAGAAGCAUCACCCUCCAAAUUUGGAUGAUGAAAUAUGGCGCUUAGAGAGGAUAGCAAAAGAUGGAGCAUUUCAUAGAAGGUUAACUGAUGUAAGAAUCACCACGGUCAAGGACUUCCUGAGGUUGUAUCAUGUUGAGCCUGUUAAACUACGCAAGGUACUUAGGAUCUCGAAUAAAACAUGGGAGAUAAUUGUUGAACACGCCUCUGAUUGUGUUCUAGAUAAUAAGUUCUACAUAUACAACAUGGAAAAGGUUGGGCUUGUGGUUAAUUCUGUUUUCAAAGUUGUUGGAGCAACCUUUGAAGACCAGACUUACCACAAACUUGAUGAGCUGAAUGAACAUCAGAAGCGGCUGGUGGAGAAUGUGAGGAUGCACGCUUACAAAAAUUUAAAUGGCUUUGUUCCUCUUGAUGAUCCAUCAGCCUAUGGACCUGCAGUGGCUUCAUCAAGCCUGCUGUCUGUUCCUUACUGCAGUCCAAGUUCAGUUCUGCAGCCUCUUGACUUCUCAAUGGUGCACCAAGAUCAGCACGAGCCACAGAUGAUUUUCAAUAGUACGGCACAUUUACCUUAUAACUACGAUGUGCAAGAUGGUAGUGAACUAGAAAUUUCAGUGGCACAGCAUUAUCAACCAAUGGAAGAUCUUGCUCAAACAUUAGGUAAUGGUUUGAUGUCAAAUGUUUCUUGGUUUGCGCCCUAUGGUGGAGGAACCACUUGGGAUCCCGCUGGUCACCUAACAGCUCAGGGGGACAUGUCGUUUUGUCAAGGCAACGGAGCUGUUGGAUUCGUUCCUUCUGAUUUUGAUAUCCAUAUUCCAAGGAAUGGGAAACAUAAAGCUAGGUGGUGCAUGAUUUGGGCUGCCAUAAAGUGGGGGAUAUUGGUUCGACGAGUUGUGGCAGCCAAAAGAGAUACAUUUUUACAAAAAUUUCUGGACUGCAAUUUCUGAGCAAUUCUCUCAAAGACUUACCCAGAUAGUCUUGGCCUCAACCGGGUAGGUUGUUUCUUUUUCCAGAUAUUAGUUUAUUGUUAACGGUAUGGGUGAAUCUUAGUGACGAUGGUAGGUUGUUCUUUCGUAACUAGUUGAAGUUGUGGAAAUAGUCUCUUUGUAUAAAGAAAACAAAGGUAAGGCUGCACGCUAAAACUACCCUCUCUCUACUCUCACAAAGCAGGGAGUUUCGUGUAUGGGGGCGCUCUUUAGUCUAUUAUUACAGUCUUUUAAUCUCUUCCAGAAUGAAGUAGGGCAAUAAGGUUUUUGUACAUAAGCAGUUACUUGGGCAGUUACACGAUCAAGUAAUCUCAGUUAGCUGGAUGCGGCUGCAGAAAGAAUGGCAAUGCACGUCUAUGUAGAUCACUGAGUACUUGUUGUGUAUUCAUCUUACUACUUUAGGAGGUGUUCUCCUGUGUAUUGCAUUUGUUUAGUGCCUGUUUACGCCAUCAAAUGCAAGAAUGGGAUGCCUGUAGAUAUCUCUGUAUUCAGUCAUGUAUUGUACUAUCUAAAAUUCCUUGUGAAUUAGCUGUUGAACAGGGAGUGAAAUGAUCUUCGCUACUUGUGAUCAUGAUGAUCUUGAAUGUUAUUGUUUGUUUUAUGUUA